CCUCAGGUCUCCCACGUUCUGAAAACAACCCCCAUUUCUUCCACGAGUUGCCUUGUCGCAGCCCUGUCACACUCGUCAUAUCCUAUUCCUGAGGGAAUCAAUAUGGCUGCUUUGGUUCAAACGAUUUCACAACAGAGUGGCACAGUUCCCGUGCUCCAGACGCGUCCAUCUUCCUCCAGCACCUUGACUUCAUCACAAACACCAGUCCGCUUCCAGCAGAACAUGUCGUGGACCCCUUUCAAUUCGGGAAAUUCGGGCACCUAUCGAGCAGGUCAACAAGUUGUGGCUCCAUAUUCUUUCGCUCCAAAUAUGAAUCAUGCCCCCAACUCCCAGAAUCGAAUGUCCUGGUCUCCCCAUUUGCGACCUGAGCACCGCACCCUCUCUGCCCCCGUCAUCCCUAAGGGAUCUCCCAAUCCGACAUACUCCGGUGCUAAUCCACGAGUCGCCCACGCUGCAGCUGGUUCUGUAACGACUUCAUCCAACUCUUCUUCUCGCUCCUAUUCUUCCCCCAAUCGGUAUCGCCGGACCAGUCACCGAAACGAUAGCGCCCGCUCUCAAUCUCAAUCUCCAGUACCAGCCCCAACCACGGCCGCUACAGUAGAUGAUUCAGCGGGCAGUACGUUCGUCCCUCAACCGAUUACACGACCGCGUUUGGUUGGCCACAGCCGUGUCUCCAGCAUGGAUGACACAUCUCACUCGGAACGCCCGCAGCUGGAUAUAGCUCAACGGUAUCGUCGCCGAAGCGUAGGAAACAUGGAUUCUUCUGCAUAUGCCAACCUGCAAAUCGAAAUGCCGGUCUCAACACCCACGCCAACACAGUCCAGCUCAUACGACUUUAUUGCAUUUGACUCAAACUCAUCGAAACCCGCACCUCACUCUCCCGAUAGCCAGACCAGCAAUCACUCGCCCAAAUCUUCGGCUUCAUCGGUAGCACGAGGACCAUCACCCGACUUGGCUCAAUCACUUAGCAAGGCCGUGAAGCCCGAUGAAAAGAAAACAAGCAAAGUGUCACCUUUAUCAGCACCGCCCACGGCUCCUAUGUCCGAGCCAAAAGCCAACCCCCGUCCUAAUACCGCAACUUCACCACCAACUGCAGAUUCUCCGGCUGCGAGGCGUCUGACCGAACUGAAGAAUGAUACCCGCCGCCCCGGUAAAUCACGUCUGCGCCGCGCAUUCUCCUUUGGUAGCUCCUCUGAACUUCUCAAGGCAUCCUCGCAGACCAAACGCGAGGCCCAGGCUGCAGAACAGGCCCGACGGGAAGCUCUACGUGAGGAACUAGGCGAAGAACACGCGGCAAUCGCAGAGCAACAGGAGGCCAGUGGGCUGGGAUCAAGCAUCUACACCAACCAAGGCCAAAUAUUCACUGGAUCCACCGACGCCUUGUCCAUAUCAUCGACAGCAUCAUCGGCUUCAAUGAUGCUCCGUAAAAUGGGCAAAGGCAUGAAGAAAUCGACUCGUUCCCUCGUCGGUCUUUUUCGUCCCAAAUCAGUUGCCAGUGUCGGUUCCAUCGAUGCCCCUGUGGAAUCUAUGACUGCUCCCAAGGUCUCUGUCGUCAACGUGGAAGCUGAGCGAGAGAUUGUUCCGGCCAAUUCGAACCCGCAUGACCUCACUCGUGGAGCCACGGUCUUCCCCACAGUCGAAGUGAAUGGAGAUAUUCGGCGGUCUAUGUCGAUUCGCGAGCGACCUCUCUCAGAAGUCUCUCAAUCUCGUAAAAGCAUUCUCGGAGGGGAGAAGGAUCGGGCGGAGGUGUUGAAGUCCAUGAAGAGGGGCAUUCUCAAGAAAAGCUUUUCUGAUGUGGGAGUCUCCACACUUGUUCAAGCCCCAAGCGACUCGCCGCAUUCCAGCGCUCCUCCUACUCCCGAUGAAUCAAGUCGUCCUGGACCCUCUGUGGGCGAGCAAGUGACCAUCGCCGGUGACGACUAUUUCAUUUCGGAUGCAGCACGAUUCUCAACCGCCGAAUCGAAAAGCGCCCCAAUCACUCCUCAACCUGUCGGACGAAACAUUGUCUUCAGUCCUCGCAUCCAGUUCCACGAGACCUGGCCCAGUGGCGAGUAUGAUCGCCGUGGAGAGAUUGCGACUUGCAACCGCCUCACACCACUGCUUGCUCAGCAGAUCCGGGAGGAGAUUAACAACUUCAAGAUGGAGAUGGAGGUUCAUGAGAACUCUAAAAUCUACACACACUUCAUUUAA